AUGCCCGACAUCGACCCCGCGGCCCUGAGCCGCCCGGCCGUCAGCGUCUCGACGCCUGUCUUAUCGACAAAGUCGCUGACGCUCACGGCGCCGGGCUCUCAGAAGGCUGUCAAGACGAGCCAGAUCAUACCGUCUCGAAUUGACCUUGAACCGCUCUAUACCGCCCUGAAAGCCGCCAUUAGCCCCGAGCAAUGGAUCAUAUACAAAGAGUCCACUACGGAAUUCUUGACUGGCCGCCUCAACCAGGCCGAAUACUCUAGUCGAAUCGACCCGAUCCUGUCGUCACCAACGGGCGAGAAGGACCACUUGCAUAACCAGCUCAUUGCUGCCAUCUAUGGCAAUGUCACCCGGGAGAUGCCCGACCCAGGCCUUGCGCCAUGGGUCAGUGCUAACGACAAACCCACGGCGACGACAGGCAGCAAACCUGUGUCGGGUGACGCAGCAGAGCGCAGGGUCAAGGGAGAAGUGAUGCAACUACCCGCCCGGGAUCGACGGCGCAUCAAGGAGCUCACACAAAACGAGGUUCGUUCUAAUCAACCAUAUGAUCCUCACGAGAGCUUGGCGAACAUGUUUAGCGAGUCGCAUCGGAAACCAUCGGUAGCGACAGACGUACCGCCAAGCGCGGCUGGCGGCAUCAAUAACAUGAACUUUGACUUGGAGAUUCGGAAACGAUAUACACAACCUCUCGCCGUAGAAUCUGGCGAGUUUCCGGAUACUGGACAGAUAGCGGGACGAAUGCUCCCUUUCUGCUACGAGGCUGGGCUUGUCAAUGGCCACGCAUCGGAUGCACCCCAGCUCAUGUCUGUUGCUACCGAGACGUUCAUCAAGGAAGUCUUGACGCAAAUCUUCAGCCGCACCAGAAGCAACGGACCUGGUGAUUCUGGCAGCGCAGGCUACGGCGUGGGAACCACAUGGAUCCAGACGCACAAGUACAGCAAACAGCUUCAUCGCGAAGAAGAUGCGGCUCAGAGAGGCGAGAUCACCCGAGACAAAGCAGGGUUGUUGCCCGUCGAGUCCAAGGCUGCCAGCGAGAGAGGUCCCCUGGGCAUUGCAGAUGUUCGAAUUGCCUUGGAGAUGGCGGACUGCGGAAUCUCACAGUUCCCCAUUAUCUCAGCCCAGAUCUUGUACGGAUACCGAGAGGGCGAGCUCGAGAACUGGACAGACUACACUUGGGUCAAUGGUGACCCCCCCGAACCGAGAGUCGAGGAGGUCUUAACAAACGGCGAGGCAGAGUUGGCCAACGGCGCAAACCCAGACGCAAUGGAUAUCGAUAACGAGAUGUGGUGGGAAGGGGCAGAAACCACCGACAUGGAUAUGCUGGAUAGCGUCUUGGACUCUUGCUUGGCCGUCGGAUCAUGA